GCAUCCAAUAAGAGAGUACUACUAUUAUUAUUAUUAGAUAAAAGAAGAUGGUGAAGUGCAAUAGUAUGCCUAUGAUAGCCGUGAUUGCGGUGUUGAUGCUAGUAUGUGCAAAGUGCACACAAGCUGCUUUCAGCGAUUGCUACAAUGAAUGCGUUGAAGGUUGUCCAAUUUUGGGCAAAAGGAGAGCUAGGUGCAUUGCAGAUUGCAUUUUCCAGUGCAAAGCCAAGCAAGCUAACUCUUGCAACGUCCAUUGUACUACUAAUCGCUGCACCAGGUUCGGAAAAGAUGCUAACAAAGUGGAGGCUUGCUUCAAUGUUUGUGACCAGAGUAGUUGCUAGUAUCCCAUACUUCUUUUAUUAUCCCAUUUCUUUCAAGAUUUGUGAAUUUGCUUUAUUUUAUUAUCUAUGUAAUGAUUG